AACUGUGGUGGACUUGUGUGCAGAGUUUGAGGUCGGUUCCAUUGAGUGUUCAAAAGCUUUGGCUAAAGUGUUCAAAUUUUGGUGGAGUUAAUACUUUGCCUCUAUAUACAAAUGGAAGAUAAAACCUAGGGUGUUCAUUUGACUACUCUCUACUAUACAUGGAGCGCCCCUAGUGCACAAGCCAUUGAAUAAUGCGGCGUGAGUAAGCUCUCUAUGGACCGAACCAAUGUAGGCCCAGUGUAUGAAUGACAUUGAAUGCACUUGCGUAUAACCCAUAUUUUACGGUCGACUUCAAGUAUCUGCAUCAAGUCAAGUCUCAAGCUAGCAGUGUAUCUUGAGUUUGAAUUGUGUUUCUGUUGUAUUUAAGUGAGUGUUUCCAAACUCAAUGAGAAAGUUCAGCUUUUUCCUUGAAGAGUAUUCUGUUGAGACCUGGUGCAUAAAAAAGCUCAGCCUUGUUGAUAGAUAAGUGUAUCAAAAGCAUGUGUGGCUAGCAUACAUGGGGCUGUUUGGAGUUCAAAUCCUGGCAUAGUGACAAUUAAAUGCUGUUUGGAGUUCCUCAUUCUAUUUAUCGGGCAAAUGAUGUUGCUCACUGUUUUGAAGCAAAAAUGGAACCAGAAGUAUAGUAAGGAGGUUGGCAAAACAGUGUACCGUCAUGGGAAAAGCGGUAUUGUUCAGUAGUGGGGUCAAUUCCAUGGAAGAAGGUUUUGGUUGCGAAACAGUAUAUGCACUGCUAUGAUGAUGUAGUGAAGUGGAGGGAUUCUGCUGCUGAAGAAGCAUUCAACAAUGCAAAAGAACGGUUUUGGGCGGCAAUUAAUGGUCUUCCAUGUGACAUUCCUCUGCCUGAUCCCUAUAUGUAUAUUGCUAAAAUCGAUUGGAAUCCACAUAUUGAUUCUGAACUAGUAUCUGACUUGGAUCGCGAGUACUUUAAUCCUGAUGAAGGAGGAAAAUAUGAAAAGGAGGAGACUGCUGACCAAAGUGCGCAGAACUCAGUUUUUGUCCUUGGUGUCGGAUGGAAUACCAAUCUUAGUAAUGGUGACAAUCCUUGGGAAGGUAGUGAUCUGAAGGGUACUGUAGCUUUGGAGAACAUAACCAAAGGUUGGAAUCAGUGGGAAGGCUCUACUAUCGAAUCAAGGAAUUUAAAUAAUGCUCCUUGGGAGCAGAGCUAUACUCAGGAUAAUGGAGCAGUGAAGGAUAGUGGAUGGGGAAGUACUGGGGUUAAGCCGUGGGGUUGGAACCAGGGGCAAGCCUCCGAUGAGCAGUCAAAAAAUUACAAUCCUUGGGAGCACGGCUGUCAAAAUGAUGGACCCAUGAAGGAGAAAGGAUGGGGCUCUUCUGGAAACAAUUCUCGGGGUUGGGGCACUUUGCAGACCAAUAUGUAUGAGUCAAGGAAAAGAAGUGGUGACAAUCCUUGGGCACAGACGUUAAGUCGUGGCAAUGGUCUUGGAAAAGGAGGAGGAUGGGGAGAUUGUGCGGACAAAAACUGGGUUUGGAAGCAGCCGUGGGGGAGUCAAAACAAUGAGCCAAAACAUUUGGAUUCCAGAAGAGUCGGUGGAGCUUGGGGAGCCACAAAUAGUGGGUUCCGGAAGAGGGAGGGUUCUCAUCAGUACCCAUCAAGGUACAAAAGCUCGAGGUUUCAAGGUGGUGACUAUGACACUGGCCCCCAUUGGAGGGAGGGACCAAGUCAGAAGAGGGCGAGUUUUGCAUAAGUAAAUAGUGAUGGAUUGAGGGCCUUUUGCACAAUGUCCAGUGGAAAUUUGUCAAUCUUGAUUUCCUGUGCUAUAGAAAGCUUAUACCCAUGUUUUGACGAUAAGUAAAUACUCGUACCUAUUUGUAUUCUGUAUACUUUUUGUUUCUUUUACUUGGCUGUAAUGUUAUGUGGUGGAUGAAUUAGUUUGCUUAAACGGAGUAAGAACUAGCUUACUCAGUUGCCAGCUAUCAUCGUUCGUUGCCCGAAUCUUUUAUUGGUUUC